AUGGGUUGGUUCUCCGUGGAUUCCGACCAAGCUCAAGCUUAUGACGAAAUCAAGAACGCGCCUCACAAUGCUGAGCUGUCGUACGAGUUAGUCGGUAAUGCCGCUGCCUAUGAAGCCGCCACGAUGUACGAGGACCACGUCGCCAAUAAUGGCCAACCUGAUAGUAAUGCUGAGGCUGAAGAGAUUCUCAAAUCCUUUAUCGGCGUCGUUGUUGACCGCCAAGUUGAAACUAUGCGUCUAGACUCUGGUGACAAGCAGAAGGCUGAAGUCUUUGGCCUGCAGCAAGUUGAAGAAGCAAGAAAAAUGAACGAAUAA